AUGGCGGAUGAAGAAAUGACAAAUGCUCCAGCUGAAACUUCAUCAAAACCAUUCAAAUUUGUUCCGCCUCGGCCGCCUGUACUUCAACCUCACGUCGCUGCUCUUCUGAAAAAUCCACCAACUGCGCCAUUUGUCCCGCCUAUUGGCAACCCGUUCGCGCCGAAACCUGUGUCACCAAUUCCUCCAAAACCACCGGUGAUCGAUUCAUCUCCAAACGUCCCAAAAAAUGAUGAAAAAUCCAUUGAAACACCGAAAAAUGUUAAUAAAAGCGAAAUGAAACCGUUCGAGAAGCCGACAAGUUUGAAAACCGACACUUUGGCUCCUGCGACCACUACUGAUAUUCCAAUAACUCCAAUUGUUGAGGAAAAGCAGAUUACUUCCCCUGCUGUCGUUGAAAUUUCAAAACAAGUUGAGAAAGUGAAGGCUCCAACCAAAGACAAUGCCAAACAGGGAGUUUUUAAUGAUCGGGUUGAUAUGAGUGGUGGUUUAAUGAGCUGGUUGACGAAGACAGUCGCAGAAAGCAAACUGUUGAACGAUGUUGCCGAAAAAGCGAAGGCUGGAAUGGAAACUGUCAUGACAACACUCGAUCCUGGAAUGAAGCCAUUUCUUGCCGAGCAUGGCGUUAUUGAACUUUCAAUUUUUCACAAUGACGCAGAUGUCGUGAGUGCAGCAAACGAAGGAUUCAGUAAAGUUGGUGCACUAGUAAUUGCCAGAGGAAUUCCUUCCAAUUAUGAAGAAGAAUUCAAACCCCUAGUAUUUGGAGCUGAAAAGGCUUCGGAGAUAUGUAAAAAGAAACUCGAAUUGGUGAAAAAUGCAAAAAAAUCGACUGAAGACUCUGCUCUAAUUGUGCUACAGCCAUUUCUGAUUCAAAUUGCAAACAAGUAUUUUUCAACUACCAAACUUUUUUUGAGAAACUCGAAAUUCGAAUGUGAAGCAAUGGGACAAUUUCUUGAAGUUUCAGAUACAAUUGUCGAUUAUUUGAAGAGGAAUAAACCGGAGUAUUAUGCUGAAGAUGAAUUCGCAUUAACUGUUUCCGAUGCCGCCAUGAAAAUAUAUAAUACAUCUUACGAAUCAUGGAAUUCAACCAAAAUUCCUCCGUAUUCUUCAUCGGAUCUGUUAAUUAAUGCAUUUGCCUCGAUAGCGCAGCAAUUAGUUGCUCACCUUCAGAAAUCCAUUAACAAUUUAUGCAUGGAUCAUUGA